UCUCCCGCAGAACACAAAGUGGACUGGAAGCUGAACGAGGUCCACCAGGGGGGACUCAUCGAGCGGGACAGCGGGGACGGAGGAUGCGCCGAGAACUGGAUUAAUGAAUGUGUUCCUGGACCGGGUUUUAGUAUGAGCCAGAGAGUCCUGCUGAUGGACAGACCGAGAGCGCAGCCCGGCGGCGCAGAUCGAUGAGGAGGUCAUGGAGAGAAGGAGCUGUGGAGUCCGACACAUGUGCACUCUGACUCUGCUGCUGGUCUCAGUGUGCCCCCUGUGCUGCAGAGCCAGCUGGAUGUGGUUGGGUGUGACCCCGGCGGGAGUCCCGGAGAAGCUGGGCUGUGCUAACCUCCCUUUCAGCCACAAGCAGCGGGACCUGUGCCGGAAGAAACCGUUCCUGCUGCCCAGCAUCCAGGAUGGCGCCCGGCUCGCCAUCGCAGAGUGCCAGAGCCAGUUCAGACAUGAGCGGUGGAACUGCUCCACCAGGGACGACCCCUCCGUGUUCGGAUACGAGCUGACGAGCGGAACCAAAGAAACGGCGUUUAUCUACGCAGUGAUGACGGCAGGGCUGGUCCACACCGUCACACGCUCCUGCAGUCAGGGCAAUAUGACGGAGUGCGGCUGCGACGGGCGGCUGCAGGGUGGGUCGACGGCAGAGGGCUGGCAGUGGGGCGGCUGCUCAGACCACAUCCAGUACGGGACCUGGUUCAGCCGCAAGUUCAUCGACAACGCCGCCAAAAACACGUCGACAGUCAGAGGAGGGUACACGGUGGUCACCAUGAACCAGCACAAUGGCGAGGUCGGACGGCAGGCGAUUCACAGGACGAUGUCAACACACUGUCGCUGUCACGGCGUCUCCGGCUCCUGUGCGGUGAAGACGUGUUGGAAGACGAUGGCGCCAUUUGAGCGUGUUGGUGCGUACCUGAAGGAGCGCUACGAGCACAGCGUCCAGGUGUCGGACCGCUCCAGGAGGAAGUCAAGGAGGAAGGAUCAGCGUCGCCUUCCCGUCGACAAACAGCAGCUCAUCUUCUUCAACAAGUCUCCAAACUACUGCCUGGAGGACCGGAGGCGGGGCAUCGCUGGCACCAGAGGACGCCGCUGCAAUCGAACCUCCAGCGGCUCCGACGGCUGCAACCUGCUGUGCUGCGGCCGAGGAUACAACACACAUGUGGUCAGACACGUCCAACGCUGCGAGUGCAAGUUCGUGUGGUGCUGCUACGUCCGCUGCAGGCGUUGUGAGAGCAUGAACGACAUGCACACCUGUAAAUAAAGACAACAACAAACCUGUAAAUAAAAACAACAACAAACCUGGAAAAGAGUCUUUAAAGACAAACUGACGUGUCGGGUUGGGAUGGAGGUUAUUGGAUUCUUCUUCAGCCAAUCAGGAUCUUUAUGGUGAAUCUGGUCCAGGUGAGAUGAUGUCAUUAGUGGUUUGAUUAAAUUGACCUCAGUGACAAUAAUCUGGAGUCAAAAUGGGCCAAAUAAUAAAAGAUAAGAUUAGAUUAGAUUAGAUUAGAUUAGAUUAGGAAGGAGUUCAAAUACUUUUCACUGCAUCCCACAUUGCUGCUAACGUCAGAAUAAAGCAGAAGUUGUCCGAGAGGAAGGGGGCACAAGCAACUCCACGUCGGGGACAAAGGAGACUCCUGGUUGGGGGCUCAAGCAGCUCCAGGACAUGUAUUUUGUAGCCGUCCGUUCUCACAGUGGAUAUAAAACACCCUCACACAAACACACGCGACAGAUUCACAGGAAACCUUUAAACCUUGUUUUACAGUUUGACAGCGCCACCAUCAGGACAACUGCAGAACUAUUCUGUUCACAUUCCUCACUAAAACUCACUGAGCUCUAGGAAACUAAGUUGUUUUUUUGUUUGUUUGCAGCAGUUGAAAUGUUCGGGAGCCGAUUUAUUUCUUCUGUUUCAGCUGCAGCGUUGAACUGAAGUUGCUCUUUAAAGGAUUCUGGAUGUUUCCGACUGUUUCUCUGGUUCUGUUCCGCAGUCGAGGAGGAAGGAGCGAGUUUGUUCUCCGCUGACGAGUUCAUGAAGGAAAAACCAUUCUGAGCCAACUCGCCGUCUGCAGGAGAGACUGAACCUUUAAUGAAUAAUCGCUGUUUGUUUCUUUAAUUACAAACUCAUUCAAGAAAAUCAGAAAACAAAACAUCUUCCUGAUGAAUGAAUAUAGAAAAUGUAAUAAAAUGUUUUUGUAUUUUAGUUUUGGCAAUAAACAUUAUUUAUGUGUAAAAAA